GCCGAGCAGGGGACGAUGACGGAGGUGAAGGUAAAAACAGAACUACCAGACGACUACAUCCAGGAGGUCAUCUGGCAGGGCGAGGCCAAGGAGGACAAGAAGGCGGCUGGCAAGGACGGAACUGGUGAUGUGCCUGCCGAGAUCUGUGUGGUGAUCGGUGGUGUCCGCAACCAGCAGACCCUUGAUGGAAAAGCUCCAGAAGGCAGCCCCCACAGUGGAUCUGUUCGGAGCCAGUAUUCAGGGACCUGGAUUUUUGACCAAGCUUUGAGAUGUGCAUCUGGGUCCUAUGAAUGCGGCAUCUGCGGCAAGAAGUACAAGUACUAUAACUGCUUCCAGACCCACGUGCGGGCGCACCGAGAUACCGAAGCCACCUCAGGGGAGGGCGCCUCCCAGAGCAACAAUUUCAGGUACACAUGUGACAUCUGUGGGAAGAAAUACAAAUACUACAGCUGCUUCCAGGAGCACCGAGACCUUCACGCCGUGGAUGUGUUCAGUGUGGAAGGGGCUCCCGAGAAUCGGGCAGACCCCUUUGACCAAGGUGUUGUGGCCACGGAUGAGGUGAAGGAGGAGCCUCCGGAGCCUUUCCAGAAAAUUGGACCAAAAACCGGCAAUUACACGUGUGAGUUCUGUGGAAAGCAGUACAAGUACUACACGCCCUACCAAGAGCACGUGGCCUUACAUGCCCCCAUCAGUACCGCCCCCGGGUGGGAGCCUCCAGAAGAUCCAGACACGGGUUCUGAGUGUUCCCAUCCAGAGGUCACCUCAUCUCCACGCUUCGUGGCUGCGAAGACCCAGACGAACCAGUCGGGGAAAAAAGCUCCAGCCUCCGUGGUCCGAUGCACCACCCUCUUACACCGUACCCCUCCAGCUACCCAAACUCAAACGUUUCGAACUCCAAACUCGGGAUCUCCAGCAAGCAAGGCAACUGCAGCAGAAAGCACCUUCAGUCGGCGAGUAGAAGGCAAAACACAGAACCACUUUGAAGAGACCAACAGCAGCUCACAGAAUUCCAGCGAACCCUACACAUGUGGUGCCUGCGGUAUCCAGUUUCAGUUCUACAGCAACCUGCUGGAACACAUGCAGUCCCAUGCAGCAGACAGUGAGAACAACAUUGCCUCCAGCCAGUCCCGAUCUCCACCUGCUGCGGUGGAGGAGAAGUGGAAGCCUCAGGCCCAGAGGAACAGUGCCAACAACACCACAACUAGUGGUUUGACACCCAACAGUGUAAUUCCUGAGAAGGAGCGGCAGAACAUUGCAGAACGGCUACUGCGGGUCAUGUGUGCUGACCUGGGUGCGCUGAGCGUGGUCAGUGGGAAGGAGUUCCUAAAGUUGGCCCAAACCCUGGUAGACAGUGGCGCCCGCUAUGGGGCCUUCUCAGUCACCGAGAUCCUGGGCAACUUUAACACACUAGCACUGAAGCACCUGCCACGCAUGUACAACCAGGUGAAGGUGAAGGUGACAUGCGCCCUGGGCAGCAAUGCCUGCCUGGGCAUUGGUGUCACAUGCCACUCCCAGAGUGUAGGCCCUGACUCCUGCUACAUCCUUACAGCCUACCAGGCUGAGGGCAACCACAUCAAGAGUUAUGUGCUGGGUGUGAAGGGUGCAGACAUUCGUGACAGCGGUGACUUGGUGCAUCACUGGGUGCAGAACGUGCUGUCAGAGUUUGUGAUGUCAGAGAUCCGGACUGUGUAUGUAACGGACUGCCAGGUGAGCACAUCUGCCUUCUCCAAGGCUGGCAUGUGCCUUCGCUGCUCAGCCUGUGCCUUGAACUCAGUGGUGCAGAGUGUGCUGAGCAAGCGGACGCUGCAAGCCCGCAGCAUGCAUGAGGUCAUCGAGCUGCUCAAUGUGUGUGAGGACUUAGCAGGCUCUACGGGCCUGGCCAAGGAGACCUUUGGCUCUCUGGAGGAGACAUCACCCCCACCCUGCUGGAACUCAGUAACAGACUCGCUGCUUCUGGUCCAUGAGCGCUAUGAGCAGAUCUGCGAGUUCUAUAGCCGUGCCAAGAAAAUGAACCUCAUCCAGAGCCUCAACAAGCACUUGUUGAGCAACCUGGCUGCCAUCCUGACACCUGUGAAGCAGGCAGUCAUCGAGCUCAGCAAUGAGAGCCAGCCCACCCUGCAGCUGGUGCUACCCACCUAUGUCCGGCUGGAGAAGCUCUUCACAGCCAAAGCCAAUGACGCAGGCACCGUCAGCAAGCUCUGCCAUCUCUUCCUAGAAGCUCUCAAGGAGAACUUCAAGGUGCACCCAGCCCACAAAGUGGCCAUGAUCCUGGAUCCUCAGCAGAAACUGCGGCCAGUGCCACCCUACCAGCACGAGGAGAUCAUCAGCAAGGUGUGUGAGCUCAUCAAUGAGGUGAAAGAGUCCUGGGCCGAGGAGGCCGACUUUGAGCCUGCUGCCAAGAAGGCGCGCUCAGCUGCGGGCGAACACCCCACAACUCAGGAGGAUGACCGGCUGGGCAAGAACGAAGUGUAUGACUACCUUCAGGAACCUCUCUUCCAGGCCACUCCCGAUCUCUUCCAGUACUGGUCAUGUGUGACCCAAAAGCACACGAAACUCGCCAAGCUCGCUUUCUGGCUCCUGGCUGUUCCUGCUGUGGGGGCUCGAAACGGGUGUGUAAAUAUGUGUGAGCAAGCACUUCUGAUUAAAAGGAGACGACUGCUUAGUCCAGAAGACAUGAACAAGCUCAUGUUUUUGAAAUCUAACAUGCUUUAAGACUUG